GAUUUAUCAGACCACUGAGAUUGUUGCUGAACUUGUGAUUCUGGAUGUUUUCAUCUUCAUUCUCCGUUUCAUGUUCUUCAGCUGCUGCAGAUUGCGUUUACGAGACGGACGACAACCUAUGACUCCAACCUUAGAAAGCACCACGUCAAUUACUGUCACUUCAACAUGUCAUUCUCCGACGUCCCUGAUGAAAUCAUCACCUCCGUUCUAGCCUACCUCUCCGGCCCAGAUCUCCGCCAGAUCAGCCUCAUCAAUCGCCGUCUCCACCGUCUAACCCAGGAUCAAAGACUCUGGUACACUAUCUGUCGCGAAGAUCACCGGAACAACGAGACAAAAGGCGCUAUACACAAUCAACCCACCCCGCAGCAAAUGGCGUUUUGUCGGGAUGCGAUUGAUUUCCCAUAUAGCCCCGGAUACGAUUACUUCCAGGAAUACAAGUGGAGGCAUGCGCCGCAGCAUCGUGAGUGCAUCAAGCUUAAUGGAAACAAUUGGGGUGAGGAUAUAACAGCGUACACUAUCAGCAGCACGGGCGAUUCUGUGUUUGUGUUAUCGGAUGUUGGGGUGGUUUAUCAUUACGUACGUUCUUCCUCGGAGGGAGAGUACGCCUUGGUCUACGAAACCGCGCUUGAACGGCCGGAAGCGAACGGGGCUUUCAAGCCCGUCGUUGUAUCGAACAGUACCAUCCUACUUGAUGAGGAGGGGGCAUGCCUGUAUGUCGCCUAUCAAUCAUACUAUUACGAAUUGGACACCAUGUUCGGAGAAAUAUUGUAUCAUGACAAGCUGCAGUUAACGAGCUCCACGGAAAACGAAGCUUUCAUUUCUUUGGCUCGGCUAUCACCUGGUGUCAUGGUCCUAGGAACCACCCAAAGGAAGAUCCACCUCCUCCACCGCGAAGGCCAGCGCGGCCAGAUCCGCAAUACCAUCCACCUCGAAUUCCCCGCCUCAGCAAUGAUGGUCCUAGACACACACCUCCUCGUCACCGGCCGCGGUGCCGGCGCAGCACUCUUCCGCAUCAUCGUCGACGGCACCCUCAUCCUCGACAAAAUGGUGCACCUGGGACAAAUGACACACGCAAUAACACAACUAACACACAGCCAGAACGUCAACGACGGCAGUCCUCGCAUCAUCGCCUCCAUCCACAAAACUUCCUCGUUCCACCUGAGCGAAUACGCACUCUGCCUUCCCUCAACCCCCUCCCAUCCCGCGGGCGCAGAUCUGAAAUUGGUCCGCCACCUCCCCUCCUGGCUCCAAGUCGGCCCCCUCCAAUCCAUAGCAUCCCCCGGGCCCCCCUCCCACGGUCCCAACUUCGCCCUCAUGCAGCACGACGGCCAUGUCGCGAUCAUGGACGAAACCCUAACCCGAAAAAUAUCAUACAUACCCAUCGGGAGAAACGAAGUCGCGUCUUCGCUGAGGUGUACGCAUAAGGGAGUCUGGGUGAGGGUUGAGGAGGAGGGUGGGGUUAGGUUGGAGUAUGUUACUGUUGGGAGUCGACCUACGCGUGUGGGUGGGACUGAUGGGGAAUUGGGUGGAGGGCGUGGAGAGGGGGAGGAGAGGGAGAAGGUGUUUAGGAGGGUGUUUGAGACGAGUGCGAGGGAUCGGAUGCGGUUUAUGCGGUGAUGGGUACUGGACUUUGCAUGUUCUGAAUAGAAUACUGUUGAGCUAGGGCAGACAUAAGUCAAGUGAUCGUGGGAAGUCUCCUAUUAGAUCAGGGCUCGAUACACCCCCAAAAGGCGUUGAAGAAGAGAGAAGAAAUCAUAUCA